AUGGGGAACCUGCUAAAGGUGCUGACCUGCACCGACCUGGAACAGGAGCCCAAUUUCUUCCUGGAUUUCGAAAACGCGCAGCCCACGGACGGCGAGCGUGAGGUGUGGGAGCAGGUGGAUGUGGUGCUCAAGGACGCCAAGGACAUCCUGGAUGAUCUGCAGGCCUACAAAGGUGCAGGACAGGAGAUCAGAGAGGCCAUCCAGAACCCUAACGACGAGGUGCUCCAGGAGCAAGCGUGGGCGGCGGUGGUCCCCCUAGUAGGCAGACUCAAAAAGUUCUACCAGUUCUCCCAGCGAUUAGAAGCGGCGCUUCACAGCCUGCUGGGCGCGCUGACCAGCGAGACCUACAAAGACCCCACGCAGCAUCUGGAGCGAGAGCAGGCGCUCGCCAAGCAGUUUGCCGAGAUCCUGCACUUCACACUGCGCUUUGACGAGCUCAAAAUGACAACGCCUGCCAUUCAGAAUGAUUUCAGCUACUACAGAAGAACACUGAGUCGGAUGCGAAUCAACAACCAACCGGCCGAGGGCGAAAACGAAGUCAACAACGAGCUAGCAAAUCGGAUAUCGCUGUUCUACGCCGACGCCACGCCCAUGCUGAAAACGUUAAGCGAUAGCACGACAAGGUUCGUGUCGGAGAACAAAAACCUGCCUAUCGAGAACACCACAGACUGCCUGAGCACGAUGGCGAGCAUCUGCAAAGUCAUGCUGGAAACGCCGGAAUAUCGUAGCCGCUUCGCCAGCGAAGACACCGUAUCGUUCUGCCUGCGGGUGAUGGUCGGUGUCAUCAUUCUGUACGAUUACGUCCAUCCCGUCGGCGCCUUCGCCAAGUCGUCCAAGAUCGACAUGAAGGGCUGCAUCAAAGUGCUCAAAGAUCAGCCUCCAAAUAGCGUGGACGGCCUCCUCAACGCUCUCAGGUAUACGACCAAGCACCUAAAUGAUGAGUCGACCAACAAGAGCAUCAAGCUCAUGCUGCAGUAG